UCACAAGACAAUCGAAACGCGUUCACACAUUCGUCCCCAGUGCUGCGGAAAUAAUUGUGUGGGUCAAUGCACUUACGGUCGAAGCCGAUGCCGAAGCUGAAGCAGUCGGCCGACGGCCGACUUUUCUCUGGCCACCUCGCCUGAAAUUGGACAAUUUCUUCAGCGGCAGGCGAUGCAAUUGCCUGAGUGACAAACUGUUAGUCGCCUCGCCGGCACUUCCAUUCCAGUUUGUUCAACUGCAACUGCAAUUCCAGUGCGCUGCUGUUACAUUAACAUUAUUAUGCACCAGAGUGUCGUGCACACAGGCAAAGAUUUGAUUUGGCGUGCAUGUCUAGUUUGGCUCGUUACAUAUUUAUUUUCUUGUGUGAGAAACUUGUUUCUUGCUCCCAGCCCAACUGCUCUGCUCCUUGGCUGAUGUUGGAUUGUUGUUGUUGGUGGAGACUUCCGAGCUUCCGUUUGAUCGUGGAGCUCCAUGCAGCGUGGAGCUUGGAGAGCCACUAUAAAUGAAUUGGCCUGCCCAGAGGAGGCCUUACUUCGUGUGAGAUCUUUGAAAGUGAAGGUGCUAGAGUCAGAGAGCGCAGUGCAUGUGAAACCGCAAGUGGCUCAUUCAAAGUGUUUGGAUUUGGGUUUGUGUUCGUCUCUGUCAUCAAAAGGCAAGAUGAGUGGCAUAUUGAUUCUGCUGUUGUGUAUCUUCUGCUCGAGUGUCGCGGCCAGCCCCACAGCUGCACGCCGGGCACAGCUCCAUGACGAUGUACAGCUGCUACACCCGCACAUUAUCACCCUUGAGCGCCUCGAGAAUUUGCUAAGGCGUGCUGGCGAAAUCUUUGGCCCCGCCAUUGAGGAGGACUCAAUGGCGGAAGGCAGCAGCCAGGUGGAGCAGCAAGUGCAGCCGCAGCAACUGUUAUUGCCGCCCACAGCGCAGCCGUACAACUUCUAUAUGCCCCUCUUCGACUAUGUGGAUCCGAAAUUGGAUGCCAAGAGCAGGCUCCUGGAGAAGAUAGCUCCUCCGCCUCAGCCGCAGAAGCAGGAGCACAACUACUACGCGGACAAGCCAAAGAAGAAGCCAAAGAAGUUCAAUGCGGCAGCCAAGCAUAUCAAUCUCAAUCUCAAGUGGCUGAACACAUAUGAGAAGGCCAUGGGAGGGGAGACGCCCAAAGCCCUCUACCUGGAGCAGGAUGAGCGCAAUCGCAUCAACUUUGACGAUUCCUUCUUUGCUGUGGACAUGCACGUGAAGAUGCCGGAUAAUCAGCCACACCAAGAGGCUGGCCUCGGAGAACUGCUGCAGCAUGGCGAAGAGCAGGCGGAGGAGGAUCUAAUGGCGGCUCCUGCGCAGUUCCAUUACGACUACAAAUCGACUGGACAGGAUCAGCAUCACUCGUAGAAAUUGUGUGUUUUUUUUUAAAUUUUAGUCACGAUAUAAAAAUGCAGUAAUAAAUGCAGUACUCCAUGCGGGAAGUGUGGAUGGCUAGAGCGAA